ACGGCAGCGCGCGCGGCGAAGGAGGCCGACGGAUGGCGGGGGGGCGAGCGGAUUGAAUACUUUCCCUUUAAAAUAAGGGGGACAUCGCGGUGAGGGAGAAACUGAGGGGGGAGAAAAGAAGAGAUAAAAAAAGAAAAGAAGGAAAAAGGGAGGGAGGGAGAGAGAUAGAGAAAAAAAAAAGAAAGAUGACAUCUUCUCAAUUGAACACCCGAGGCGGAGUGACGGGUUGUGGCCGGAGGGGAGCGCUUUAGCCGGGGCCAAGACUUCACGCAACACCGAGGCUUUAAUAAACACCCGCCCGGCCUGGCGGUGAUAAUAUAAAAUUGAAAUAAAACAAACAUUUUUUCUAAAAGAGCAUUCUAAGGGAACAGGCUAAUUAUAUUUCGUAACUUUUAAAAUCUAUUAAUAUGUAUUUUUCACUUAAACAAUCGCAUUUUUGCAUGAUUUGAAUGAACAACAGCUUAUGCCUUGUGUUGGUAGCUAGCUAGCUGAAGUAUGACCAGACAGUUAAAAUGAUGCACUCUUAGGUUUUGGUUGUAUUUAAUGUUUGCGGGGGUUUCGUGUGGCUCAGCUUACAAAAGUUAAAAACAAAAUGUCUUCUACCUAACCAGCCAAUAUCCAUCGCUGGUUAUUAUUAGGCAGAUGACCGAAUGGUUAGGUUAGUCAAGUAAAACUAAUAAUGUGGACUUUCAAAGGAAAAUUGUAGGGGGAAUAUUUUAGUUGAUAUGAAUGAAAGCUGUGACAGUAAUAUUAGCUAGCAAGCGGCUGCUGACAGAAAACAGCGGUUACGGUAAUAUUCUGAUGAACUGGCGUUUGCUGUUCAUUUUACUCAGUUAAUUUUAAUGCGUUAUACUCUUGGACGAAAUGGUGUUUUUAUUCCGUCGGCAGCUAGAAGUUAUGAACCCUUAAUAAGGACUGUAUUACGAAGACGGACAAACCACGAGUUUGUUUAAUGAUACUAAAUGCAAAAAUAUUUUUGAUAACUAUUACUCUGACUACAGUUCAAAAUGGAUGCGGCUUGGAGUAAUUUUUUAUUUCAGACACCACCUACCCAAACCCAAGCAGAGACAACUCUCCAAUCAGAUCUCCUCCCAGAACUUACGGGAUCAGUGCAGAACCCGCCUACUGAACACAUAGCCACACCCCCCUCGACGGUGGACACCGCUGCUCUAAAUGAGGAACCUUUACCUGUGAAACCCGUGUCUCGUCCCUCACGUGCCGCUCACAUCUGCCCGCUCUGUAACAAACAGUUCAAGAAUAGCUACAACCUCCGUCGGCACCAGUCAGUCCACACAGGCAUCCGAAUGAAGGAUCGAGUGAUGAGGGACGACAGUGUGAAGGGGCUGCAAGCUGGAGCAGGGAGGACCACUGUCCCUCUUUCCCUGCUGCACCUCUCUGUUCCCCAUCCCACUCCUGAGUCUGUCCCUCACCAGCCAAUUCUUGGCACCCAGGAUGUACAACCCAUUUCCGUAUCUAUCACCACAGCAGCAGUCACCAUGGCUGCAUCUGUUCCUCCGUCAGCUGUCGUGGUUACUGGGGCAAUGGGGCAGCGUCAGCCAAACCCAAAUACGAGCGCAACCCCUGUACGCAAGAACCACGCCUGCGAAGCCUGUGGAAAGGCCUUUCGGGACGUGUACCACCUGAAUCGGCACCGGCUGUCCCAUUCGGACGAAAAGCCCUACUCCUGCCCCAUCUGCCAGCAGCGCUUUAAGCGGAAAGACCGCAUGAGUUACCAUGUGCGCUCACACCAGGGUGGUGUUGAGAAGCCCUACGUGUGCCCCCACUGCGCCAAAGGCUUCUCACGGCCGGACCACCUCAACAGCCAUGUCAGACAAGUCCACUCCACCGAGAGACCAUUUAAGUGUGAGACGUGCGAGUCUGCCUUCGCCACACGGGACCGCCUGCGCGCUCACAUGAUCCGGCAUGAAGAGAAGGUGCCAUGUCACAUCUGCGGGAAGCUGCUGUCUGCUGCCUACAUUACCGAUCACAUGCGAGUGCACGACCAGUCGCAGCACCACUCCUGCCACCUCUGUAACCGCAGUUUCACCACCUUGACGUACCUGCGUGUCCACGCUCAGAAGCACCACGGCCAGGAGUGGAAGGAAAGCGAGGGCCAGAGGGGCGGUUUUGGGGGUACCGGCCCCGGGGGGGUUCUCCUGUGCCAGUUGUGCGGGGUGCAGUGCAAGACCCCCACGCAGCUGCAGGGUCACAUGGGCACACACCGCACAGCCCAGAGCGACCCACAAGCUGCCACCAGUCCUGUGCCACCCACCACCUCGGCCCCCAGCAGCACCGUGUCCCUCAGCGCAUGCGGGAGCACAGGUGCAGUGGGACUUCUGGUUUCGGACUGCUCUGGGAUUGCUCCCCAGCCUCACAGCUAGCGGGGCUGGGGGGGUGGAACAAGAUGACAGAGAGAAACAGGAGGGUGAAGCCAAUCACUCGCUAGGAAAAAGAUCCGGGCAGAGGUGUGUACACACUCACAGGUGAAGCACUGGCUGUUGCUGCACACGCAUGGCGUGUUUUUGAGAUGAGCGGUGUUCUUCAUUCUGCACUCUCACCAUUCUCUGUAGGCUCAGAUAAUAAUAAUAAUAGAUACUUUAUUGAUCCCCUUGGGGAAAUUAUCUUUACACCUCCCUCAACUUGCUCUUUUUUGUAAAGUAAGUUGUGUGUGAAGGGCAGCCUCCCAUAGCAGCGCCCAGGGAGCUGGGGGUUAAGAGUCUUACUCAAGGACCUGCAGACGUGCUGAGGCUGGGUUUGAACUGGCAACCUUCUGAUCACAGGCACACAGGCUUAGCCCACUGAGCCACACACUGCCCCCAUAUUCUGUUAGGAUGUUAAACCACACAACAUGAGAGUCCUUCUCCUUUAUUGUUACUGCCUUGUUUUUUCACUUUUGGAUCCAGACUCAGCCAGAUAGCGUAGCAUAGCAAAGCAGACCUCGCUGGUCCGUCCAUGAGCCUGCCAAUGCGAUGACGUCACUGGAGCCAGGUGGAGGUAGUGACAAUUGAGAUGGAGCUGUCCUGGAUGGUACGGACUCAAUCCUACAUUUGGACCAAAACUGCUCUCUCGGGAAGGCUUAGCAAAUAUUUAUUCUCUCUAAUAAAUAUUUGAUAGGUAACUUAUGUCAGCUACUCUGGUCUACUCACAAACAAAGCAAAAAUGAUCACUUCAAAUAAUAGAGAAAUCGAAGUUGCAUUAGGAUGACUUCUUAUUGAAAGGGACUGCUUCCCCUGGAGAGGUACCAGUUGAUAACUAGGUAGGGCUUUGUCAAACACAGUGUAACUGACUUUUUAAUAUAUAUACCUGUAUAUAUUUUAAUGUAGCGUCUGGAUUUUUUUUUAAUGUCUUGUACUUCGUCACUGACUGGUUGAGGGUUGCUCCCAGCUAUGAUGGUAACGGUCUACUGGGAGAAGAAGAAUAAACAAAUAGAUAUUAAAAUACAUUUAAAUACAGUACAUGAUACCAGAAAGCCCUCACUUCAUGUUUCAGUCAUUAACAGUGGCAAAAGACAGAAGUGAAAUGGGAGUCUGGGAGUGAAUUUGAUCAAAUCUGUAUUCAAUGUAAUCUGUCCACCUCUGUUGAAAUACUUUAAUGGGUUGCUGACUGGUACUGUGCAGUACUAUUUAACCCUGAGCUACUCUACACUAUUAUCAGUAAAUUGAAAAUACGGAGGACCUGCAUAAAUUUACCACGUCUGUAUGUACAUACAGAUUUAAGCUAUUGUCAGUUGCCUUCUACAGUCAUUGUUAUUAUUGAUGUUAAUUUGUUAGCCUUAAGUUAAAAUGAACAGAAAAGUUAUAUUGUGAACGUGUGUCAGGAUGUGUGACAUUGGUUCAUCUGUACCUGUUAACGCUUGUUUAAUGCCACUCCAGUGUUUGUGUUGCUAUAAUAUUAUGUAUUAAUCCCUGUAUAUAUGAACGCUGCAUCAAUAAUAAUAACAUUUACACUGGG